AUCUGCUCUCCAACACAGAUGAACAGCAGCCCCACACUUGGAGAGAUCUUCAAAUCUCAAGCCUGCCACCGCCAAUCCACCUCCCGACACAGCGAAGCUUUAGCCACAUUCGAGCAGAGAUGAGCUACCGCGGUAUGAACCCCAACGCCGAGAUCGUGAGCAAGUCACAGGCGCUCAUGGUCAAUGUAAGCGCGUCCAAGGGUCUCCAGGGCGUGCUCAAGUCCAACCUCGGCCCGCGCGGUACACUCAAGAUGCUGGUCGGUGGCGCUGGCCAGAUCAAACUCACCAAGGACGGCAACGUUCUUCUGCAUGAGAUGCAGAUCCAGCACCCGACGGCCGCGUUGAUCGCUCGUGCGGCUACAGCGCAGGACGACGUGACGGGCGACGGCACCACGUCCACCGUGCUGUUCAUCGGCGAGCUGCUCAAGCAGGCCGAGCGCUUCCUGGCUGACGGAUUGCACCCGCGUAUCCUGUCGGAGGGCUUCGAACUCGCUAAGGACGAGGCUCUGCGUGUGCUGGACGGCAUCAAGGUCACACCCGAGGACAUCCUUAAGGACCGUGAGCUGCUCUGCAGCGUCGCCCGCACCUCACUGCGCACCAAGCUGGACCAGAAACUCGCUGACCAACUCACAGAGAUCAUCACGGACGCCGUGUUGACCAUCGCCGUGCCUGAACGCCCCAUCGACCUCCACAUGAUCGAGAUCAUGCACAUGAUGCACCAGAGCAGCAGUGACACUCGUCUCGUCAAGGGUCUGGUACUGGACCAUGGCUCUCGUCACCCGGACAUGCCUACGUCGCUUGAGAACUGCUACAUCAUGACGUGCAACGUGUCGCUGGAGUACGAGAAGAGCGAAGUGAACUCUGGUUUCUUCUACAACAGUGCCGACCAGCGCGAGAAGAUGGUGGAAGCGGAGCGCAAGUUCACGGACGACAAGGUGCGUCAGAUUAUCGAACUUAAGCGUGAGGUGUGCACGGAGGAGAACAAGAAGAGCUUCGUCAUCAUCAACCAGAAGGGCAUCGACCCUCUGUCGCUGGACAUGUUGGCCAAGGAAGGCAUCCUGGCUCUACGUCGUGCUAAGCGUCGUAACAUGGAGCGGAUAACGCUUGCUUGCGGCGGAAUGCCUAUCAACUCGACCGACGACAUGGACGAGUCUAUGCUGGGAUACGCUGGCAAGGUGUACGAGCAGACGCUUGGAGAAGAGCGCUACACGUUCGUGGAGGACGUACAGCACCCCAAGUCGUGUACGAUCCUCAUUAAGGGCCCGAACGAGCACACCAUUGCGCAGAUCAAGGACGCUAUCCGUGACGGUGUGCGUGCUGUUAACAACGCUGUUGAGGACAAGGGCGUCGUCCCCGGUGCUGCUGCGUUUGAGCUGACUGCGCACGAGGCGCUAAACAAGUUCAAGGGCACAGUGAAGGGCCGUGCUAAGCUCGGCGUGCAAGCGUUCUCCGACGCUCUGUUGGUGAUCCCUAAGGUGCUGGCGGAGAACUCUGGUCUUGACGUGCAGGACACGUUGAUUGCAGUGCAGGAGGAGCACCAGAACUCCGGUAUGCCCGUGGGUAUCGACCUCUUCUCGGGCGAACCUAUGCUGCCCGAGCAGGAGGGAAUCUGGGACAACUACCGAGUGAAGCGUCAGUUUAUUCACCUCGCGACGACACUGGCGUCGCAACUGCUGCUUGUUGACGAGGUUAUGCGUGCUGGCAAGCAGAUGGGCGGUGGCGUUGUUGAGGCUGUUGGGAUCCGGUCCUCCGCCUGUAACACCGCUACUGCUCUCGCCUGCAAAGAUACCGCCAGCGUUCGCUCCAUUGCUGUCGGACAUGGCCACGCGAGGCCCAAGCAAGGCGGCGGCCGCAUGAGCUUCGGCAAGACUAACUAUCGCGCUGGCGGCACGCGCGGUGGCGCCGACCAGUUCAAAUGGGAGGAUGUCAAGAACGAUAAGUAUCGAGAAAAUUACUUGGGCCACUCGGUGCAAGCGCCUGUGGGACGGUGGCAGAAGGGCAAGGAUCUCACAUGGUAUGCGAAAGCAAACAAGUCGCAGCGUGCAGAGGCUUUGCAGUCAGAGCUGGAGCUGGCCAAGCAGCGAGACGAAGAUCUCAUGAACGAAGCUUUGGGUAUUGCACCAAAGAAACGUCGCGAACCUGUCGAAGCUUUGAGCUCGUUUGAGAUGAAGGAGCUGCUGAAACGAGGAGAAGCGGAGAGGGAUGGCUUGGACGUGGAGCGUGUUGAAGGGCUCGGAGCAGCGCCAGUGGAGGCUGAGGGCUUCGAAACGGGACCUAAACGUACACUAGCUGAGAGAUAUAGAGACCAACUCGCCAGCGGCAAAGCCGAUACGACGUAUGCGCUCCCAGGAACAAUCAACACGCAGAUGACGGAGAGUGAGGCGAAGGCAGCACGAAAAGAAGCGCGCAAAGCAGACAAAGCAGCGAAGAAGUUGAAAAAGAAGGAGCGCAAGAAAGAGAAGAAAGCAAAGCGCCGUCAUUCGGACGAGGAAGACGACGACAACCGACGUCGUUCCCACUAUAAAGAUGAAGAACGUCAGGCACGAUCACGCUCCCCUUCGCUACCGAGAAGAGGUCGAGAUGCCACUGAGCGUUCGCAUCGAUACCGAUCUCGUUCACGCUCCCCAGCUGAUCGUCAUCGACGCUCGUCGCCCUCCCCGUCGUCGCCAUCGCUCAUCUUCUCUAUCCCCUAG